AUGUUUUCUUUGAUCUCUGUCUUCUGGUUUCUAAAGAUUUCCUUUAUGUUUUGUCAUUUGAGUGACCCCAAAUGCUUUUGGAGGAUAAAAGAUACCAAAAAAAAUCUAGGAGAUACAGAAACUUAUUGUUCCUUUUCUAUUUCCACAAAGCGCGGUUAUGUGAAGAAUGAUUAUUUCAGUUGGAAUCUAGACAAGCAGGUGACACCCAAGACCAACCAUUUGAUUUUCUCUGUUUAUCUUGCCUUGGAAGAAAUAAAUAUGAACUUCCAUAUUUUACCUAACAUUUCUCUGGUAGUAAAUAUUGAAUGUCUCCGAAAAAAAUAUGAUGAAAAAACAGGUUUGGCUUUGCAAACGGAGGAAUUUAUUCCUAAUUACUACUGCACAGAUGAGAGAAGAUAUUUAAUUAUAUUUACAGCUCCUAUAUGGGCAGUAACUACAAGACUAGGAACAUUCAUGUUCAUGUAUAGCAUUCCUGAGCUUUACUGUGGUCAUUUUCAUCUUUCUUUGAGUGAUAAUGAGCAAUUUCCUCACCUUUACCAGAUAUCUCCAAAGGACACAUCUCUACCACUAGCCAUGGUGUCCCUAAUGGUUCAUUUCAGAUGGAACUGGAUAGGAGCGAUUGUUACAACUGAUGACCAUGGAAUUCAAUUCCUUUCUGAAUUGAGAGGAGAAAUGCAAAAACACAUUGUCUGUUUAUCGUUUGAGAUUACUAUCCUAACUGAGCAUAGCAUGGCCCGUAAAGAGUUUCAAAGGUAUUUUAACAGAAUUGUAAUGUCAUCAGCAAAAGUUGUGAUAGUGUAUGGAGACUACACCUCUCCCAUAGAUCUUGUCCUCCAUUUGUGUAAAUCCAAAGGCAUUUUUAGAAUCUGGGUUAGUGUGUCACAAUUUGAUAUGAUCACAAAACUAGGAGAUUUCAUGCUAUAUUCCUCCUCUGGGACAUUCAUUUUUUCACACCAGAAACCUGAACUAUCUGGUUUUCAACAAUUUAUCCAAACAGUACACCCUUCAAAUUACAGUAGUGAAUUUUCCUUUGCCAAACUAUGGUGGACAUAUUUUAGGUGUUCUUUGCCACCAUCUAAUUGUAAGAAGCUGAAGAAUUGUCCAACCAAAAUUGUAUUUAAAUGGUUAUUCAUGACACCACUUGGAAUGGCCAUGAGUGAUACAUGCUAUAACUUAUACAAUGCUAUAUAUGCUGUGGCCCAUUCACUCCAUGAGAUGCUUCUGCAACAAAUAGACACGUGGUCAAAUAAUGCUGGGAAGGAACUUGAAUUUGACACCUGGAAGAUGUUCUCUAUUCUGAAGACAUUACAAUUUGUAAAUCCUGCUGGAGACCUAGUCAACAUGAACCAGAAUUUGAAACAGGAUACAGACUAUGACAUUUUCUAUAUCAUGGAUUUUCAAAAAGAUUAUGGUUUUAAAAUGAAAAUAGGAAGAUUUUCAGGUCAUCUGCCAAGUCAUCAACAGCUAUAUAUGUCUAAGGAAAUGAUGGAGUGGGCUACAGAUGUGGAUCAGAUUCUACCCUCAAUAUGUAGUAUGCCUUGCAGACCAGGACUCAGAAAAUCUCCUGAGGAAGGAAAGGAUAUCUGCUGUUUUGUGUGUAACCCCUGCCAUGAAAAUGAAAUUUCCAACAUGACAAACAUGGAUCAGUGUGUGAAGUGUCAAGAAGAUCAAUAUGCAAAUGAAGACCAUACUCUCUGCCUCCAAAAAGUUGUGUCUAUUUUAGAUUAUAGAGAUCCUUUGGGAAAGGCUCUGGCUGGCAUUGCUCUAUGCUUCUCUGUCCUUACAUCUGGUAUACUCUGCAUCUUCUUGAAACACAGAGAAACUCCCAUAGUCAAAGCCAAUAACCAAACUCUCAGCUAUGUACUACUCAUCUCCCUCGUAUUUUGUUUUAUCUGUUCAUUGCUUUACAUUGGUCAUCCCACUACGGUCAUCUGUAUCCUGCAGCCGAUCACUUUUGCCAUUGCUUUCACUGUGGCUACCUCUACUAUCUUGGCUAAGACAAUUACUGUUCUACUAGCAUUCAAGAUAACUAUUCCAGGAAGAAGAAUGAGGUGGCUGCUUCUGUCAGGGGUACCCAAAUAUAUCGUUCUCAUAUGCACCAUGAUUCAGCUGAUUCUUUGUGGAAUAUGGCUGGGAACUUCUCCUCCAUUUGUUGAUGCUGAUGUAUACAUGGUACAUGGCCACAUCAUUAUUGUUUGCAACAAAGGUUCAGUGAUUGCCUUCUACUGUGUCCUUGGAUACAUGGGCUCUGUUGCUCUAGCAAGUUUCACUGUAGCUUUCUUGGCCAGGAAUCUGCCUGAUACAUUCAAUGAAGCCAAGCUCUUGACAUUUAGCAUGCUGGUGUUCUGCAGUGUCUGGAUCACUUUCAUCCCUGUCUACCAUAGCACCAAAGGCAAGACUAUGGUUGCAGUGGAAGUUUUCAGUAUCUUGGCCUCAAGUGCAGGGCUGCUUCUUUGCAUUUUUGCCCCCAAAUGCUAUAUUAUUUUAUUAAGACCACAGACAAAUUCUUUUCACAAGUUCAGGAAAACACAUUCUAAAGCUGAAAAUAUAAGUUAA